AUGGUCAUCGUCUUCUUCUGUAACACCUACUACAUCAUGGUGCUGACCUGGGCCUUAUACUACCUGGUCCACUCGUUCAGAGCCACCCUGCCCUGGGUGGGCUGCGACAACCCAUGGAACACGCCCAGCUGCAGCGAGAUCUUCCAACAGGCCACCUGCAACUCCAGCCUGGUCAACUCCACUCUGGCCAACAUCACAGGGAACCAGAGCUGCGUGCUGAGCCGCUCCCCCAUCAUCGAGUUCUGGGAGAACAAGGUGCUGGACAUUUCCUCUGGUUUGGAUGAACCGGGAUCCAUCAAAUGGGAGCUCGCCCUGUGCCUGAUGGCCGUGUGGAUCAUGGUUUAUUUCUGCGUCUGGAAAGGUGUCAAGUCCACAGGGAAGAUUGUGUACUUCACAGCCACGUUCCCCUAUGUGGUCCUAAUCAUUCUGUUCGUUAGAGGGUUGACUCUGCCUGGAGCCUACGACGGCAUCAUGUACUACCUCAAGCCGGACUGGUCCAAACUGGGAGAGGCACAGGUGUGGAUAGAUGCUGGGACACAGGUUUUCUUCUCCUAUGCCAUCGGGCUGGGCGCUCUGACGGCUUUGGGAAGCUACAAUCGCUUCAACAACGACUGCUACAAAGAUGCCUUCGUCCUGGCCCUCAUCAACAGUGGGACAAGUUUCUUUGCUGGAUUUGUGGUCUUCUCCAUCCUGGGUUUCAUGGCGGCAGAGCAGGGAGUGGACAUCUCCCAAGUCGCUGAGUCUGGUCGGACAUGGGUUCUGGAGCUGCCACGCCCCCAAACGGUCCCUCUGCAGUGGUUUAUAAAACACUGUUCAGCGAUGAGUCUUCAGUGGACGGCUGUGGCCACUUUUCUUUAUGUGGAAGUGUUUUUAGUUCUGCUGUUGUGCAUCCCAUUCAUCUCCCCCAAAAGAUGGAGCAAGAUUUUCAAGUCUCGUUUGGUGCAGACCAUAGCUUUGUACGGAAACACCUGGUUCAUGGUGGCCAUCGCCAUCUUGGUCUUCCUCCUCAUCGAUGCGUUCAGAGAAGUGCGGAAAUACAGCGUCACGGAGAAAGUGGACCUGACCAACAACCCCACGGCCGUCGAACACAUCCACAUGAAGCUUUUCCGAGCCCAGAGGAACGAGUACAUCGCGGGAUUCGCUUUACUCCUGUGUCUGUGA